AUGGAACAUUCAAUUUCGGAAGGAGGAUUGAAUAGCAUAUUGUUUGAUGUGGGUGAUAAUAAUUCAACGGAAGGUAAUGAACAUUUGAGUGUGAGUGAUGUUGCUAUUCAACAGGGGCCAAUGCUAGUUUUAAUUGGUAGUGCCAUUAAAUCUUUGGUUUUGUCAAUUAGUUUACAGUUGAUGAAUCAUAGUGGGAUCAGUAAAGACGAAAUCCUAAGCAUAGAAAUGUGUUUUGAUUCGUUGCCUCUGACACAUAAGUUUUAUGCAAAUUAUGCAAAGAAAAUUGGGUUCAUAACUAAAGUCAGGAACACAAAUUUUGAGAAGACGAGGAAGGAUUUCAAGAUACCCAUUAAUCAAUCACUUCAUUGCAAUCGAGAAGGUUAUCAGGAGUCUCGGGUGAAAGCAGCAUCUUGGAUAAAUAGAAUAAUAGCCACGAGAUGCAGAGUAAGGAUAUAUGUCAUGGUGGAUAGGGAGAAGGAAAGUUGGAUGGUGUCGAGAUUAGAAUUGAGGCAUUCCCACCAUUGUUCUGCUAAGAAAUUGGUCCACUAUUAUAAGUACAGGGAGUUGACCAUGUAUGCUAAGUGUGUGAUUUCGGAUAACGACGUGACUGUCAUAAGACCCAACAAGACAUACCUUGCACUGGCUAAUGAGGCUGGUGGGUCUUCGAACUUGAGUAUUUUAGAAAAGGAUGCCAGGAAUUACAUCACAAGCAACUGUGUUGUGCCAACGAGAAUGAGGAUUUUAGGAGAUGCUGAAUUAUUUCGUGCGAAUAAAAGAGAUCAACCUAAACUUCUUUAUGCGAUAGAUGUUGAUGAUGCUAACAAGUUCAGGAGCGCACUCUGGGUAGAUCCAAGGUGCAAGGCUUCGUAUGAAUAUUAUGGAGAUGUGGUGUCAUUUGAAAGGUAUGGACUACCGUUUGCAUCCUUUGUUGGUGUCAACCACCAUGGAAAGUCUACUCUUCUUGGUUAA